UUUCCAGCUAGGACUUUGCUGAAUAUACUCAGUUGAUUUCCCCCAGCUAAAACAUGCCAUGUGUGCAGAGAAACUGGAUUACCAAUUUUUCCUUUUGGGUCCAGUUCCUUCUCAUGCAAGCGCUCUGCUAUGGUAGAAAUCCUCAACCGGGCAGAUUUUUCUUUCCAGACAAGAGGCAAGAGCACUUUAUCCGGACGCUGCAAGAAUACCACGUGGUUGGUCCUGCAAAAGUAGAUGCAAGUGGUCAUUUUCUCUCUUACAGUUUACACCAUCACACCUCAGAUGCCAGGAGGAAAAGAGACUUCAGUAGAAAGGAAAACCUUGUGUAUUAUAAAAUUAACCACAAGGAGAAGGAGCUGUUUUUUAACUUGACUGUCCAUCGAGGAUUCCUUUCUGCUAACUAUGUAUUGGAAAGGAGAUACGGGAACCACACUGGUGCAAAGAUUGUACCUUACACAGGAACCUCAUGUCACCUCAUUGGUACAGUCUUGCAGCCAAAUUCUGGGAAUGGACCAGCAGCCAUCAGUACUUGCAAUGGGCUGGAUGUAUAAGCAGUGGAGAAAGUCUUCAGAUGAAAUUUACAGAGAUGAAGAAUUGAUGAGGGAAGGAUUUUUUUCUCCAGGAAGACACUUCCAGAUGACAGGAAUGAGUAAACAUUUGACAACAAAUCAUAUACCAGAGUCGAGGUCCCAUUGUCCUCCCCACCGAAUGUUACCCUUGUGACCACCUCAAUUUGAAUUCACCCGUGCUCACUGAUAAUGGAACUUCGUGGCCACAGAGUACAUUUGAAAACGAAAAGAGCAGACUCCGCUGUGUCGGAACAAAUCCUUAUUUAACAGACACUGUCAAAGAGCCAAAUCCUCUCCCCAAUGCUGGGCCUGAGGAAAUGGACUGUGUUCUCAGAUAAACCAUACAUACCCACUCCCACCGAGGCGCCUCUCCUCUCCAUUUCAGCUUCACCUGAAAUAAGACCAGAUAACGUAGUGCCAAACCUUUCAAAAGUGAUCAGCUCCCUGCUGUUCCCAUUAAGAGCAAUGCCCCAAUUGUGGGUGCUGAGCAGUUCUGAAAACCCAUCCCCCUCUCACUUUAUUUCUCGUUAUUAAGGAGUACAGUGACCAUUACAAUCAGUCCUCUCACCCAGACAGAACUACUUUUGCAAAGGUUAUUUUCUGCUUGAUCACAAACACUUUCCCAUGCUCCUUGAGGGAACUGCUCCUUACACUUUUAAGAAUGGGCCAAAACCUGGAGAAGUUUUUUUUUGGCUUCUGUCCAAAUCUUCCCAUUCCAUUAAAAUGAAAUUUAUUUAAACUGAGUCUCCCACCUCCUCACGUGACAUUUCUGUACCCGUUGUAUUAACUGGUAGAUCCUGGUUGUCCAGGGAAGGCCAGCACAUCUCCCCAUUCUGUUCGUGCACUUUGUUUAGAUUUCAUUAGCACCUGUAGGACAGCAGCAACCUUGAUUUGCUGAGUCGAGGAAGAAGGACAUAAGUGAUUAUCUGUGAGAGCCAGAA